AUGCUUUCCAAGACCUUCAUCAUCGCAGCCCUCGCUGCCGCUGUCACAGCCACCCCUAUCGCUCAGGGCCAAUCCUCCUCUUGGGCAUCAGGAGCACCAGCUGCCACUGUCGCACCCAGCUCUGCGCCCGCUCCCGUUUCCACUGGUGCUCCCGCCGCUGUCGCUGUCAACCCUACUGCUCCUGAUGGGCUCGUUGCUAAGCUCUUGACCGAGCCCAACACAGUCGGUCGCUUCAAGGAAAUCCAGUCGCAACUCGCCACCGGCACCAUCAACCUCAAGUUCGACUUCAACCCCGCGGCCAACCCAGCCAUCACUCCCGGAGCAGGUGGUCAAGUCGAUCUUGCUCAGCGUGCCAACUUCCCCAUCUUGACUGGCACUGGCAUCUCCGCCGCCGGUAUCUUCUUCAACCCCUGUGGAUUGAACACCCCCCAUUUCCAUCCCCGCGCCACCGAAUUCUUGACCCUCGUCACCGACACCAAGAUGCUCUCUGGCUUCGUUCUCGAGAACGGUCUCGUCUCUGAAUUCAACACCACCCUGACCAAAUACCAAGGCACCGUCUUCCCUCAAGGCAGCAUCCACUUCCAACAGAACUUGGACUGCCAGCCUGCUGUCGCCAUCGCCGGUCUCAACUCUGAGGACCCCGGUGCCAGCUCCGUCGCCCAGAACUUCAUCGUCAACAUCGAUCCCGAGAUCGUCGACGCCACCCUUGGCUUCCCCAACGAGAUCAACGCCGACAACUUCGCCCAAUUCAAGAAGAACAUCCCCACCCCUCUCGCCAAGGGUGUCGAGGAGUGCCUCCAGCGCUGCCACAUCGCCUACUAA